AGUGAUUACAAACUCAAUAAAUAAAUAAUAAUCUUCUAAAAUUAUAAAAGUUAAUCCUAUAAAUUGCUAAUUAAUAGAUUGAAAGAAAAAUUAGUCUUGAUCACUAUGACUGAAGAAUGGCUACCAAAAAUAUAAUCUGGGUUUAAAAGAAUAGACCUAUUUGGAAAACCUAUUGGAUUAAAUUAUAAAAGUCAAGAUAAAUUUUAAACAGUUUUUGGUGGUAUUAUUACCAUAUUAAUGAUUAUAGUUUUGUGCUUGUUCUUCUAAAAAAAUAUUUCAUAGUUCAUCAAUAAAGAGGAGAUCAAAGUAUCUUAUGUUCAAGACUACAAUUCAAAUCCUACUAAUUUAGUUCUUGAUUUGAACAAAUUUAUGUUUGCUAUUUAAAUAACUCAAAAUAAUUUUAUAUCUAAGCCUCUUUUCGAGGUAUACUUAGAGAACAGGCAUUAUUAAAGAUUUGAUAACGGAACACAAGGCUAAAAAAGAUAAUAGUUAUUUAUGGAGCCAUGCACAUUAAGUCAUUGGUCUAAUAUAGGAUCAGAUUUUGAUUGGAAUACUACAUAUUAAUAAUUAGGGUUUUCAGACUGGCUUUGUCCAAAGAAAAACUAAACAAUAAUCUUAGGUGGAGAUUAUACAAGCACAGAUUUUUAUUUUCUCAAGAUAUCUAUUAAUAAAUGUGAUCCUAAUAAAGUAUAAAAUGAAUUUACACCUUAUUCAUCUUGUGCUUCAUAAGAUGAUAUUCAAAAAGUUUUAGAUCUGAGAGGAGGGACUGCAGUUUGCUCUAUUUACUUUAGCAAUAAAAUAGUUAACCCUUAAAAUUAUAAUCCUAUCAGCAAUUAUCUAUCAGAUGAAACAUUCUUUAACUUUUAGCCUACUAAAUUGUACACAAGUGCAAAUAUUUUCUUUUAGCAAGUAGAAAUAGAUACUGAUCAAAGCUUAAUGCCAUAAUAAGACAUUGAAUAAAAUAUAUUUCCAUAUUACUCACCUAGAGAUUUUAGAGAAUAAAUUGAAGCUGGAAGUCCUGAUUAAUAUGCUGUUUUUUAUUUUAGAAGGAGUUCAAUAUCUAACACUUAUAAAAGAAGCUUUUAAAAAAUUGAUGACCUUAUUUCUUAUAUCGGUGGUUUCUUUCAGGCAAUAUUAAUGGUCUUAGGCUUCAUUGUAGGGUACUACAACGAAUGGGUAUUUAUAGUUGAUAUAGCUAAUAGGUUAUACAACUUCAAAUAAAAAGAAAAGAAAAGAAAUAUAAUUUAGAGAUAAGAAGAAAUAAACAGAUUGCUUGAAGAGUAAAACAAAAAUUCCCUUAACAACAUUGCGAGCUAGAAUAAAAGUUUCUCAGAAAAUGCUCAAAACUAAAGUCACUCUUAGAAUAUGAGAAAUAAUUCUAAAAAAUCAUCUUUAAGAGCAGAAGAUAUAAGAAGUAUUAUUAAACAAAGAUCAAAAACUAUUAAAAUGAGUUUAAAUAGUCAUUUUCGAUAAAGGUUAUCUUAAAUUUAGUAAAAUCCUUAAAUGAAUGAAACUAAUUCUAAAUUAUCUUAAAUGUCUGAGAUAAAUUCUCCUUUUAAAUAAGAAUAACAUAAUUAAAACCUUCCUAUUAUUUAAGAAUCAGACAAUGAUUUCGGGACAUAGAAAUAAUUAAUUAAUCCUAAUCCUGCAGAUAAAAAAUAAUAGUUUGCUUUAAAUAAAUAAACCAACUUAAAAAACAAUGAAUUCAACCAAAAAACUGAUGCUUUUAAGUAAGAUGAUUAUUCUGAAGAAAAUUUAGAAAUGAAUCGUACCCAUAAAUUUUAAAUCUUAAAAGAUAGCAGCAAUGUAAGCUUAAUGAAUUAAUAAUAACAUAGUAAACAAGAUAACACUUUAGUAAUAGAAUUAUAAAAAAAUAGCUAAAAAAUAGAUUCGAGUAAUUUAUUUGAUGGUAAAAAUAAUGAAUAGAAACAGCUUAAGAUUAAUCAUUUUGAUCAUACAGAACUAAAACAAAACUCUAAUGAAAGCCAUACUUAAAUAUAAUUAAAAGAUAUAACUCCUAAUUCUUUGUAAGAAGCUUAGGAAUAAGAAAAAAUUACUAAAGGAUUCUAAUUCAAAUCAAGAAAAUCUUUUUUGAUGUCUUAAUUUGAAGAUAUUCUACAAAGGUAGUAGGGUGUUAUUUUGGGAGCAAGAUUUUUUGUUAACAAACUGUUUUUUGGCCUUCUUUUUCAAUCCGAUGAAAACGAAUUAAUAGAAAAAUCAGCAUAACUUGUUUCUAAAGAUUUAGAUAUUUACGAGAUUCUUUACAAGCUUUAAGAAAUAGAAAAAAUGAAAAGAAUUUUAUUUGAUAGUUAAUAACUAAUCUUAUUUAAUUUUUUCCCUAAACCUGAAAUAGGUGGUUAGGCUUAAGAGGAAUUUCUUAACAGAGACAGCCUUAUAAAUCAAUAUCAGAAAAAGAAAAAAUAAAGUAAUGUAAGCAGUAUAAAUCAAAAUUCUUAAAAUAAAUCUAGUAAAGCAGUUAGCAAUGCUUUAAUUGCUCUUUCUAGAAUGAAAAGAGGCAUUAACAAAAUGAGAAGGAGCUCUUUUAGCGAUAUAAAAGCAUAUAAAAGGCUUUAUGAGGCUUAUGAAUUUAUAGUUGAAGACUAAAACUUAAAUAAGAUUGACAUGAACAAAAGACUUAUAAAACUGUUAGGAAAGGAAAUGGAGGAUAUUUUCAAUACAUCGAAGCUCUUAAAAUUUAAUGAGGAUGAUUAGAGCCCUAACUUAUAUUAAAAUCAGAGAAGAAAAGGGUUGAUAGGACAAAAUAAAUAAAAAACAUUUGUAAGAGGAAAAACUUUUGCAGAUGUUAUUGUAGCAAGUGAUCCAGAUAUUUCAAAUGAGGAUUAACUCGAAUAAGAAUAAGAUAUCUCUGACCAAUAAAUAGAAGAAGGUUAUAACUAAAAUUUAGAUGAAAAUAAUUUCAAUAAAAAUAAUUCAUACAACAGCUUCUAAAUUAAAUUUAAUAACCACUCAAAGCAAGAAAUUCCUAUAAAAAAAGAUUUUCAGCUAGAAGAAUAACUUAAUGAUUCUGUUUAAAGAGAAGUGCCGUCUGAAGACACAGAUAAAAAUUAGCAACCCUAAAUAAAAUGCUUAAAUCAUGCAAUAUUUGAUUAACACAUUUUAAAUAAUAAUUCAUCUGCUAACAUCAACAUUAAAUUAAGUGAUAGCAACAAAUGA